AAGUGGAAAUGUCAGCCAUUCAGCGUUUGGGUGAAGACGAAAGGAGGUUCUGGACAGACGUACGCUUUCAGGGAGUGUUUACUUCACCUCCACUUCUGUUCCUCCCCGCCCUGGUGCUGCUCCGGGUCACAUUCUCGUCCUGGGCCAGCUUCAGCCUCUCUGCGCAGAAGUCUCCCGGAGCCAUGGCUGAGUACUCUUAUGUGAAGUCUACCAAGCUUGUGCUCAAGGGAACCAAGGCGAAGAGUAAGAAGAAAAAGAGCAAAGAUAAGAAGAGAAAAAGAGAAGAAGAUGAAGAAACCCAGCUUGAUAUGUUGGGGAAAAAGGCUUUGUUGGCCUCAAAUAGCUGCUUUAUUAGAUGCAAUGAAGCAGGGGACAUAGAAGCAAAAAGUAAAACAGCAGGAGAAGAAGAAAUGAUCAAGAUUAGAUCCUGUGCUGAAAGAGAAACCAAGAAAAACAAUGACAUUCCAGAAGAAGACAAAGGAAAUGUAAAACAAUAUGAAAUCAAUUAUUUUCCCAGUCAUAGGCUGCCUUCAUCUCUGAAGGGACCAGGCGACCCACGGAGUGUCUCAGCAGCCUUGUCAUUGCAUGCAAUCUUCACAGACAAGAUCUCACUGCAGCCACCUUUCUACAGGAGCACAUGUGUGACAUUAUACUGAUGACAUCAUUCUCAGAGAAAAUUCAUUUUACACACUAAGGACACGCAGAUACAAGGAGGCUUACACAAAGGGAAUGGACCUUUCCCCAACACAGUAAUGCAAGGCCCUGCCACUUUGCUUCAAUUCCUGAAAAUUCCUUGGUAAACAUGUGGCUGCUCUAUUCCUGACACUUUCAAAAAAUAGUUAUUCAUCCUCUCAGCAUCCACAAUGUUAAUACAAGCCUAAUAUUACUUAAUUUGUGUUUUGUUUUUUGGAGGCACAGUCUUGCUCUGUCACCCAGGCUGGUAUGAAGUGGCAUGAUUUCAACUCACUGCAGCCUCGACUUCCUGAGCUCAAGCAAUUCUCACAUCUCGUCCUUCCAAGUAGCUAGGACUGCAGGUGUGUGCCACCACACUCAGCUAAUUUUGUUUAUUUUUUUGUAAAGAAAAGGUCUCGCUAUGUUACCCAGGCUGGUCUCAAACUCCUGGGCUGAAACGAUCCUCUUGCCUCAGCCUCCCAAAAUUCUGGAAUUACAGGUGUGAGCGACUGCGCACAGCCCUUUAAUUCUUUACUUGGGGUUCAGGUGACAACAUAUUUCUUAUUUACAAAUUUUACUUAAUCUCACUGAUGCUGUCAUUCGCAAACUGACCCACCUUGAAUGAAGCCUCCUGCAACAAGUCUUGAAUCUGUCCGAAUUUAAAUUAACAGCUGCUCCUAUGAAUUCCCUCAGAGAACACACUGUGGAUGCUUUAGCAACCUCUUCCCAUGACUCCUGAACUAUCUUGGUUGCAUAUGGUGGCCAUAAGUAGUCCAUGGGCUUCUGAUGUAAAAAACAAACCUGCCCCUCUUGACCCUAUUCAGUAUAGCACCAGGGAAGUGAUUGCUGACCACAUACUGGACCCUCUGGAAACAGAGGGCUUUGCAUCCAUAUCCACGAGCUUUCAUGCCCAUUUGUUCAUCAGGCCUUGGGAAGCAGCACCACACAACCUUGGCACAGCUGCAGAGAACUCCUUGCCUCAGGAUGGAGUCAAACCCGGACCUCCUGCCAUUCUCAUCUGCAGGAAACACUGGCCUCCUUCAUCCUCAGGCUGUGUUGCUGGAAGUCACCCGUCUCUGAGUCCCCUUGGGAUCGACUGAGUGACCAGCAGUCAAGUUUGUCCACCUUCUGAGUGGAUGCCAUCAUCUGAUGUGAUGGAGCUCAGUGGGAUUCUGCUGCCUUCCCUCUCUUAGUACGAUGUCCUUGAUAAAGGAUGACACCCAAGCCUCAGCACAACUGGCCAAAGUUGAGGUGGUCAUCUCAGCACUGAUGCUGGGCCAACAAUUAGACCCAUUUGUACAUUUUUACAAAUUUUUUGCAAUUGUCCACCUUCACUCCCCAUUGAAUUAAAGAAACUUCUUGCCUCAUGGAUACUCAGAAUACAAUCAAGGUAACAGAUACCUUUUUUUUACUCAAGGACACAGUAUGGAUCUCACAAGGACACUCCUUAUCCCCUGCAGAGUUCCAGACACUACUGAUGGUGGCCAAGGCAGCAUUUCAUCAGAAAACACAGUGAUAGGCUCGUGAAAGUGUCCAGUAGGGCUUCCACUGCCCCUAUAGGCUGCAGGCAGCUGCUUUAGUUGAGAGAUAGACUGAGCUCCUCAAAGAAUUCCUCUUUAAGUUACAAAGAAGCGAGUGGAUGCCCUGCUGGGUUCCACUGUUGCCACAGGCUUUGAUUACUCUUAGUUCAUGCUUCUUAGGAAAGCGCACUUUUUACACCAAUGCUACACAGUUCCCUCAGUUGCCUUUACUGGACAUCAAGGAGUUCACAUUUUUGACAACCAUUCAGUCCUGGACUGUCCAAGGGGUGGAGGUAGCUCCAUACAAGAAGCUACCUGCUGCUUGUGGAUCAGUAAUAUCAGACUUGCCCAACAACUCACUGGAGACAUGAAAACCAAUUCAUGGGGGGUGCAUGACGUCACCCAAAUAUUUAUGAACACGCUUGUGCUGCCAGAGACCCCAGAACUCUAAACCAAUGCAUGGGGAAUGCAUGAAGUCACCGAAAUAUUUACGAACACGCUUGUGCUGCCAGAGAUCCCGGAUCACUUUUCCUGCCUCCUGCUAAAUAAAUGGGGGCAGUAGCUUUGCAUCGGCUUCCACAUUACAUUACUCAUAACUGUGGCCUUCCUAAUCUCUCAUGUCCCUAAGCACUUAUUACAAUGUCUCAGCUGCUUUCUCUCAGCCUCUCAAAAUAUUAGUCAUCAUAAAAAUAAAUGUCUAAUGUUAAAGCAUCAGGGGUCAAUUGUAUUGUGACACCCAAAAUUUCAUGCAGCACCCCACCAUGUCCUCAGCCUAAUGACUUUCAUGCCCCCACCAGACUGCAAAACUCUGAAUUAGUCAAGCACAUCCCUGAAGGGACCAGGGGUUACCCCACCCUGUGAUUUCUACCAAGCCUGCCUACCACACCCUAUGUUCCAGAGUGCAACCCUGGGUAGACCUGCAUAAAUGCAGUGUCAUCCCCCGCUGGGCUGAGUAUGUGUGACGAGUAAAUUACUGGGAAUUUCGUCUGCUCAGUGUUUGUUUCGUCUGCAGCCAUUCCCAGAAUUCUAGGGCAAGACUAGCUUCUUCACCAAUGGGGUGAACAGGAAGGAACCCAAGUAGAAAUUGCCUUUUUAAAAAAAAUCCCUUCCCACCCUCUUAAUUAUGUAAUGCAUGCAUUUUUAUAGCUUUUUUCUCAUUCCAUUACCUGAGGUCAGCCACUGAUAUUUAACCCAUCUUU